AAAGUUUCAAUUUGGCCUCAAUUUCGACGAAAGACGAUACGACUGUUGUCCAGUACAAGCAACCAGACGAGAAGCGGGACGAGACGAUCCAAGAAGUCCAUCAGCAACAAUCCUUCUGCAAACCAGAACCGGAGUCGGCGAUCGACAUCGACCAAAGUGCUUCAUCUUGUCCGGAUAAUUCAUCCAUGGAUUCCAACAUCAUCGCUCGCUGGCCGCUCCCAUCAGGCUUGGAGAAGGAGGACGUUAAAGGAGUUGAUGUUCAAGGCAAUUUUUCUGUUGCUCAACCGUCAGGAUCGCAUGCCGCUUCUUCCACUACCGUGCUGACGGCCAUUCCUUCUGCUGCCGGCACUUCACCGGCCGUAUUGAUGGCCACUGGUACGUCUGUUGCUGGAACGAGUGUCGCCGCUUCCGUUGCCGUGUUGACGGCCGAUCCAUCUGCGGGCUUAAUCGUAAAAACUUCACCGGCCGGCUUGCUUGCGCCCGGCACUUCCGCUGUCGUGCUGAUGGCCGAUUUAUCAUCUGCGAGCUAAUCGGCCACUGGAUCUCCACCACCAGAAACGUCUCGCCGGAAGGAUUCAUACGAAGAUGAAGAACUCGAAGACGCUGAAAACCCAGGAGAAAAAGAAAACUCAUUAAAUCACUUCCACAUUCAGUUUACACCAAACCGGCUGAAAUGCUUACUUGCAAAAACGAUUGACGGACCGGAACUCAUCGAACUUGCUUCGAAGGGAAUUCGUUCCAACAAGCGUCAAAAUUCUCUAGCAUUGAUUGCUAUGAGUUGUUGAAGUUACUGAACUACUUAAAAUAGCAAAAAAAUUGCUCAUUGAUAAUUCUUUUUUUAUAGUAGGGCAACUUUGGGAUUGUGGUCCUUUUAGUGAUCACUAUUUGGCUCAAGAAGUCAUUUUAAAAACAUUCGCCAAUUUACAAAAUGUCUCCGUUUGAAGAUUUCGACGGGCCGCCAAUAAUGAUUCAUUCAAUUAACAAUCAGAUGUUCUAUAGACAUAAGAAUUACUAUCAGUAUGAGGAUAUAACAUUGUAGAGAAAAAAACAAUUAUAUUGUAACUCAAAACACACCGUAUAACUGUAAUAAAACACUUCAUUUACCAAAAAUGUAAUUCAUAAGAAGUGAUGAAUUGUGAGAAACUUUUUGAAAGCUUUUAUUUUGAUUAAAGCGUAAGAGUUCAUUCAAAAUAAAAGCAAUCAAAAGGUUUUUCUCCACGCAGUAUAUUAUUUAUUUUCCAAUCCAUUCCAAUUUCCAUUCCAUUCCAAUUUCCAUUUCAACUACAUUGAAUAGGCACUUGAUUAUACAUAGUUGGAGAAAUCAUUUGAAAUCCAAGAGAAAUUCUAUAUUUAUUCAUGUGAAAUGACACAUCAGAAUUAAGUGUUUUACUAUUGAAAUGACAGCUAGUUUUGGUGCCCAAAAUUCAAGUGUUAUGCGAUUGAUUUUUAAGUGCACUGUACAGCAGGGUCAGAUCAAGGGUAGAACACUUGAUUUAAAAGGGUCAUUUUUGUUCAGUGUAGCGUAAUGAGAGAGCAGGUCAGCCGAGAGAGAAGUUGAGAAUAUGUGCGUGAGAAAACGAGAAAUAAAUCAGUCGUGUGUUUUGCUUGGGCUUGAAA